AUGAUGAUUCCAAGAUCAAUUAAAUCAACCAGAGGUUUAAAAUGUUUCAAUACUCAAGCAAUUAAGUAUUUAUCAUUAAAUUCUACAACCACUAGUUACCCCAAAUCUCAUAAGGUUGAAAAAUAUAUCACUCCAAGUUUUAUCAAUAAUGAAUUCUUCAAAUCAAAAAGUACUACUUGGUAUGAUAUCCACGACCCUGCUACUAAUGAAGUUAUCAGUGAAGUUCCACAAUCAACUGCUGAAGAAUUAGAUGAAGCUAUUGAAUCAGCUCAUAAAGCUUUUGAUGAAUGGAAAAAUGUUAGUAUUAUCAGAAGACAAGGUAUUGCUUUCAAGUUUGUUGAAUUAUUAAAAGCCAACUGGGAUAGAUUAGCUGCUAUGAUUGUUUUAGAACAAGGUAAAACUUUCCCUGAUGCCAAAGGUGAUGUUUUAAGAGGUUUACAAGUUGCUGAAGCUUCAUGUAAUAUUACCAAUGAUAUGAUGGGUUCAGUUUUAGAAGUUGCUACUGAUAUGGAAACCAAAAUGAUCAGAGAACCUUUAGGUGUUGUUGCUUCAAUUUGUCCAUUCAAUUUCCCUGCUAUGGUUCCAUUAUGGUCAAUUCCAUUAAUCUUAGUUACUGGUAACACUGCUGUCAUCAAACCAAGUGAAAGAGUUCCUGGUGCUGCUAUGAUUAUUUGUGAAUUAUUAAAAGAAGCCGGUGUUCCAGCUGGUGUUUUAAACAUUGUUCAUGGUAAACAUGAUACCGUUAAUAAAUUAAUUGAAGAUCCAAGAAUUAAAGCUUUAACUUUUGUUGGUGGUGAUAAAGCUGGUAAAUAUAUCUAUGAAAAAGGUACUGCUUUAGGUAAAAGAGUCCAAUCUAAUAUGGGUGCCAAAAAUCAUUUAAUUGUUUUACCAGAUGCUGAUAAAAAACAAUUCAUUAAUGCUGUUAACGGUGCUGCUUUUGGUGCUGCUGGUCAAAGAUGUAUGGCUAUUUCAGUUUUAGUCACUGUUGGAAAAACAAAAGAAUGGGUUAAAGAAAUUGUUGAAGAUGCUAAAAAAUUAAGAGUUGGUAGUGGUUUUGAUGAAUCAAGUGAUUUGGGUCCUUUAGUCAAUCCUUCUUCUUUAGCUAAAGCUGAAGAAAUCAUCGAAGAUAGUAUUAAACAAGGUGCUGAAGUCUUAUUAGAUGGUAGAAAUCCUUCUUUAGAAGCUCCUUACGAUAAAGGUAAUUUCUUAUUCCCAACUGUCAUUAAUGGUGUUAAACCAGGUAUGAGAUGUUACGAUGAAGAAAUUUUCGCCCCAGUUUUGAGUAUUGUUAAUGUUGAUACUUUCGAUGAAGCUAUCAGUUUAGUUAACUCAAACAGAUAUGGUAAUGGUGUUGCCUUAUUCACCACUUCAGGUAACCAAUCUCAAAAAUUCGUUAAAAACAUCGCAUGUGGUCAAGUUGGUGUUAACGUUCCUAUCCCAGUUCCUUUACCAAUGUUCUCAUUCACUGGUAACAAAGGUUCAUUCUUAGGUGACUUAAACUUCUACGGUAAAGCUGGUAUUACCUUCUUAACCCAACCAAAAACCAUCACCACUUUAUGGAGAACUGACGAAUUUGAAUAUGUUACCCCAUCCACUUCAAUGCCAGUUCAACAUUAA